AUGUAUAUCAUUUUUGCACUCAGGGGAUUUCGGUUUCGCUAUGUAUGUGAAGGACCAUCGCAUGGUGGACUUCCUGGUGCUUUCAGUGAGAAGAAUAAGAAGUCAUUCCCUCAAGUUAGGAUUCGCAACUUUAUUGGACAUGCACGAAUAGUUGUACAACUGGUGACCAAUAGCAAAGAUAUGGUACGCCUGCAUGCACACAGUCUAGUGGGCAAACACUGUGAAAAUGGAAUCUGCACAGUUACACUGGGGCCAAAGGAAAUGACUGCUGGAUUUCCAAACCUGGGAAUUCUUCAUGUCACAAAGAAGAAAGUGAGUGAAACCUUAGAGUCACGGAUGCUGGAUGCUUGUCAAAUGGGCUACAAUUCUGGAGUCUUUAUACAUCCUGAUAUUAAUUACAUCCCACUAGAGAGCAGUACUCCACGGAAACUUACAGAGCGAGAAAAAGAUCUCAUUCGACAAGCUGCGAUACAGCAGGCUAGAGAGGUGGACCUUAGUGUUGUGCGACUCAUGUUUACAGCAUUCCUACCGGACAGCAAUGGCAGCUUCACACGAAGACUUGAACCAGUUAUAUCAGUGCCAAUUUAUGACAGCAAAGCUCCUAAUGCGUCCAACCUAAAGAUCGUUAGAAUGGACAGGACAGCUGGAAGUGUUACAGGAGGAGAAGAAAUCUAUUUACUUUGUGACAAAGUUCAAAAAGAUGAUAUUCAAAUCCGUUUCUAUGAAGAAGAAGAAAAUGGAAACAUUUGGGAAGGAUUUGGUGAUUUUUCACCCACAGAUGUUCACAGGCAGUUUGCUAUUGUCUUCAAAACACCAAAGUAUAAGGAUGUCAACAUUACCACACCAGUAUCUGUGUUUGUCCAGCUUCGAAGGAAAUCUGACCAUGAAACAAGUGAACCAAAACCUUUUGUUUACUAUCCUGAAAUCAAAGACAAAGAAGAAGUACAGAGGAAGCGCCAGAAAAUAAUGCCUAAUUUUUCAGAUAGUUUUGGUGGUGGAACGUCAGGUGCUGGUGGAGGUGGACUGUUUGGCAAUCCAGGAGGUGGUGCCACAGGUGCAGGUUUUGGAUUUCCAGGGUACUUAUAUCCAGGCUGUGGAAGCCUACAGUUCCCGUCAAGUAUGACAAAUUCUUGUGGUGGCAUGAAACAUGCUGUACAAAACCCAUCAGAGAAUGAUGGUAUAGAAAGUAAAGAUGAAGAGGAGAAAGAUUCUGAAGCUGAAGUGCAGCCUAAUGCAGUUCAUGUACCAAUCACCUUGGCAGAAUUACAGGACAACGAAGACAUCCCUGAACAAGGAAAUGCAGCCGAAGAAGACAUCAAUUCAUUUAAGUUAUCCACAAAAGAAGAUAUGCCCUUCAAGGAAGCUGUUCAACCUGUUAUCUCAAGAAUCAAAGAGAAGUCUAAAAGUAAUGAUAGCUUCUUCCCUGAGAAAGUCUUAGAGCUAGCUAGAAGACAUGCUGAUGCACUGUUUGACUAUGCCAUCAGUGGAGAUGUGAAAAUGCUUCUGGCCGUGCAGCGUCAUCUCACAACUGCCCAAGAUGAUGAUGGUGAUACUGCCUUACAUUUAGGAAUUAUACAUCUUCAUCCCGAACUGGUAACCGGUUUGAUAGAAGUAAUAGAUGUCAUUCCUGGUGAUGACGUUAUCAACAUGAGGAACGAUCUGUAUCAGACACCAUUACACCUUGCAGUUGUCACAAAACAAACUGACGUGUUAGAUCAUCUGCUGAUGGCCAGGGCUGAUGUCAACCUUCUGGAUCGCCAUGGUAAUUCUGUUCUGCAUCUUGCUGCUAAACAAGGAGAUGUUGAUAUUCUGAAAAUCCUUCUCUCCCAUGAAAAAGUAGCAAGACUCAUCAAUUUACCAGAUGGCAAUGGUUUCAACGCAAUUCAUUUGGCAGUAAUGGCCAACAGCUUGGCAUGUUUAAGGCUACUAAUUUCUGCAGGAGCUAAUGUGGAUGCUCAGGAGCAGAGUUCUGGAAGAACGGCAUUGCACUUGGCAAUUGAACAAGAAAAUGUGUCUUUAGCAGGGUGCCUUCUCCUUGAGGGUGAAGCAUUUGUUGACUGUGUUACAUUUGAUGGAACUACACCGCUUCAUAUAGCAGCUGGAAGGGGCUCCACAAGAUUAACUGCUCUUCUUAAAGCUGCAGGUGCAGAUCCGCACAUAGAAAAUUGUGAACCUUGGUACAUUUUGGAUGAACCUGUUAGUGAUGAUGAGGAAGAUGAAGGCAUUGUUCGGGGCACAACACCUAUGGAUAUGGCAGCCAGCAAAGAGGUGUAUGAUAUUUUGGAAGGAAAGCCAUAUGAAUCACGCCCCGCUUCUAUCAGUGUACUUCCACAAGGUGACAUGAACCAUUUGGAUGAAGACUCAAAGCUGAAGUUGUGUAAGCUGUUAGAGGUACCUGAUGCAGGAUGUAACUGGUCACUUCUGGCACAAAACUUGGGCCUCGGAAUCCUGAACAGUGCCUUCAGGUUAAGUCCUUCACCUGCAAAAACAUUACUGGAUAACUAUGAGGUUUCUGGUGGCACUAUACAAGAACUAUUAGAUGCCUUGAAGUUAAUGAAUUAUACAGAAGCUGUCCAUGUCAUCGAAAGGGCCUUAGUGAAUCCACAGAUGAAAAAGACAGAGGAAAAUGUGAUGCAAGUAACUUCUCCAGCCAUAGAACAACAAACAGGUAUAUCAGUUGACCCUAAAGUUCGAGAUGACAGCAUAUGUGACAGUGGCGUAGAAACAUCUUUUCGGAAAUUUAGUCUACUUUCUGAAUCAUUUAGUACCAGCCAGCCUCCUCUAGGACUAACAAAGUUAUCUACAGCAAGUCAACAUGACUACUCUGUAGAAGGAACAAGCAAGUGAUCCAUCAUUUUGUUGCCUAAAUGAGAAUUACAGAGGAAAAGAAAGGUUUUGCACAUGCCACUGAAGCAGAAUUAGAGCCUUUGUACUGCAAGAGAACCAGCCUGCAAAAUUUGCCACAUUAGGGAGGACAUGCAUAUGCAUUGGGCCAUGUAAACACAUUUUUACAAGGAGAAAAACAGAAGAAAAUCAGCCUUGAAUGUCUUCCAUCUUGUUCAAAGCGGAGUCAUCAGCCAAGCAAGGAGA